UUAACCCAGACUGUGCUUCUCUCUUUGGCACUGAGAAGGGUCUAUUUACCGUUGGACUCUGGUAAGGAAACGAGCGAGAGAGGGGAUGGGAAGGAGGAAAACAGCAGAGAACUUGGCAGCAAACCCCCUGGCGCUGAAUCUCAGAGCCCGAGUCCGCUGCGUGGGCCUUACCAAAGACGUUUGCGGGCCGGGAGGCUGGAAACCCGGGCGGGGAGGGUGGUGGCGGUGCCUUUGCUUUCGCUUUGCAUCUGCGGAGCAGGAAGCAGCAGCCGAGCAGAGCGGGGUCACCGAGGCGCCAGCGCUCGCUCCCCGGCUGUCUGCAAAGCCGCAGCCGCGUUCCGGGGCAGGGCCGCCUGAGAGCCAAGGGCAGCGCGGGGCGGGCUGCAGGCUCCGCAGCAGGAGGCGGCUGUCCCGGACGGCUGCGCGGCAGAUUGGCGCAGAAAUGUUAGGGCAGGAUGUCAGGUGCCUUCUUGCAGUGGCUGCAGCUUCAGGAAUAGCUACCCUCAUCCUCAUCCUUGUUCAAGUGAAGGACGUUUGUCUGCCUGCAAGAACCAAGUAUGGGAUGGUGUUUGACGCCGGCUCCUCGCACACGGCUCUCUACAUCUACCAGUGGCCAGCAGAUAAAGAGAACGGCACCGGCAUCGUCAGCCAGGCUGAAGCCUGCACCGUGCAAGGACCUGGGAUCUCCAGUUACGCUGACAACCCCACUAGGGCCGGAGCCAGCCUGAGAGCCUGUCUGGACAAGGCCAUGACGAUCAUCCCUGUGGAGCAACAGAAAGAAACGCCCACCUACCUGGGCGCUACUGCAGGCAUGCGGCUGCUGAGGGAGCAGAACAGCACAAAAGCCGACCUGGUCUUUGCAGAGGUCUCCAAGACCAUCCGGCAGUAUCCUGUAGAUUUCCGUGGCGCUCGGAUCCUCACUGGGAAUGAGGAAGGAUCCUUUGGCUGGAUCACAAUCAACUACCUUCUGGAGAUGCUCAUCAGGUUCUCUUUCACAGGGAUGUGGAUACAUCCUGAGGCAGCUGCAGUUGUGGGAGCACUGGACCUUGGAGGAGCCUCGACCCAGAUAACCUUUCACCCUGGUCGUGCCAUUGAGGACAACAGCACCGAAGUCCUCUUCCGGUUAUAUGGGACCAACUACUCGCUUUAUACCCACAGCUACCUCUGCUACGGAGAAAACCAAGCCUUGAAGAAGCUAAUUGCAUCCCUCAGAGAGGAGAACCUCACCUCUCAGCAGAUCUCCCACCCGUGCUAUCCCAAGGGAUACGAGGAGAACGUCACUGCCGCUGCCCUGUAUGACAGUCCCUGCGUCCCGGCACCAGCUGCACAUGAUCCCAGCCAGAUCCUCACGGUGCAGGGGACAGGAGCCCCAGUGGAGUGCAGGAGUGCCAUCCAGAAACUCUUCAACUUCACAGCCUGUGGGGCCAACAGGACAUGCGGGUUCAACGGGGUCUACCAGCCCCCAGGGCAUGGGCAGUUCUUCGCCUUUUCCGGAUUUUAUUCUGUCUUCCACUUUCUGAACCUGACCAGCGGGCAUCCCUUGAGUGACGUCAGUGCCACCAUCGAGCACUUCUGUGCUAAGGACUGGAAGGAGGUGCAAAUGGUGGAUCCUGGCAUGAACAAGACCCGCCUGCAGGAUUACUGCGCUGCCAGCACCUACAUUCUCACCCUCCUGCUGCAAGGCUACAAGUUUGACAACCAGACAUGGAGCAACAUCCAUUUCCACCGGCAGGUGGCUGCUGUGGAUGUGGGCUGGAGCCUGGGCUACAUGCUGAACCUAACCAACACGAUCCCCUUGGAGGCUCCCAACCGAGUGAAGGGGCAGCGGCCUGACCUGUGGGCAGCGGCUGUGCUCACCACCUGCCUCACGCUGGCCAUGAUCAUCUGGACAGGCCUGGCUCUGUGCUAUCAACGGCCCUUUGCCACCUAUGAGACUAUGCUGUAGCUGGCCAGUGCUCUUCGGGCUGGGGCACUGCUGCCAUCAGGAGCCGCACAUGACUUUCCCCGGACAUCACGCAGUCCUGUGUUUAGAGACGUUCGUGGCCUUGCAUCCCAGUGCCCCUACUUGCUGAUGGAGGCUGGGUCUGGGAGAGAAACCCCUCCCCAGGGAGGGUGGGAAUGUUGGGUUUGAAGGAUAAAUGCCACCUGUUGGCAAAUUGGUGACACUUUUCAGUCAGAUCUCAGCCCUGUGAGCUGUGCUGGCUUCCUGCUCUCCCCCCCACCUCGCUUUCCAGUCUGCAAGGCCUGCUGUGCAAACAAAGGCUGUCCUAAGGAGGUGCUGCUGCGUCCUGCAGAGCCCAGUUUGGGGCGUGUGUGUGGCCUAAAUGGUUUGUGGGAGAGGAGCUUAGUCUGUAGUGGGUGUCCAGACAGUGGGUGGUGGCAAUGGAAGGGGUGGAGAGGCUGGUUUACAGGGCUUAGGGAGGGGUGGUUUUGGGUGUCCUGUCUGAGCUGGAGGUGACAGGGUGGCUCGGGAAUAUGGCAGAGAGGGGGAGUGGUGUGGGCAGGGGCCAUGGCUUACUGGAUUUGGGGUGCGGGGGGAAGCUGGAAGGGUGCUGGGGUUGGGACUGGUGAGGCAGGAAGUAUUGGCUAGAGUGCCAGGAGACUCCAGGGCCAGCUGGAGCAAAGCGGAGUCUCCUCCUGGUCCAGUGAGCACCAGCCAACAUAUUUGGAAGUGUCUGGAUGCAGGGGAGCUGCAGCAGCUCUGCAGAGGCAGGGACUUGCCCUUUGGCUGUCACCAGUGAGGGGCUGGUUGUGGCACACAGGAGUGUCGGUUACAGACUGGGUGUUUGGGCCAGGCUCCAGACACUGCCCUGGCUCAGGGUUACAAAAGGUUAAUAUGGCAGGGCUCAGACUCUUUUUACCCUGGCUUAUACAUGUGUAAGGGAGAGAGAGGAGAGGCAGGCACAGGUGCCACAUGGGAAAGCCACCCUGGCAUGUGAGGCUGCAAGUUGUGGGCUGCUGUACAAAGAACUCGAUUUCCCAUCAAACCCAGUCAGACUGGGUGCCUCUUCCCAAACUGAUCAUUGUGCCACCUUGUCACUGCUCCUAGCCUACCUGUGACAGGCCCUGUUAAAGUGAGUGCCCAGCCCAGCUCCCUCUCAGGAUAAGUGAGUGCGCAAGCAGCAGGACACUAGUUAAUUACCUGGAUCUUAUAAAGGGUUGUGGGGGCUCAGGCAGGUGAGAAUGCCCAGAAGAGGCCCCUGGAGAAAGAAUUCCUCAGGGCAGCAGGCUAGGAAUCUACCCCUGGUGGCCUGUCCUAGGGAACAGAGGUGCUGGGGAGAGGACCUGUCCCCAGAAUGCAGAAAGAGAAAAGGAGAGGGCUUCUGGGGAGGAGUGGGGACUGGUGAGGAAGGCCAGCAGGAAAGGAAGCCAAAAAUAGGGUUGCCAGUUUGGAUGGACAUGUUCUUGGUGGUUUCAUCACGUCAUAAUCUUUAAUUACCAAUGAAUUGUGAAUUCCUGGACACUCAACAAUCCUGGAGGGUUGACAACCCGAACCAAGGAAGAGUGUUCCUGGUGUGAAAGGCUACAAAAGCGAAGGGAUAUGAAUGCCUUGUCUCCAUGGAAGGACUUCACCAGGUAGCGGUAGGCUCCCCAACUGAGAGGAAUUAUAUGCUGCUCUGAGGAAACCAGGGGCAUUGUGGUUUAACCUCUGUGUGGCCCUUGACCCAAGAGGACUGAGGCCCUUCCUGAGCUGAUGACAAGUGGCCCUGACUCCAGAGGAGGGCUCUGAAUCAUGAGGGGCUCAUUAGUCAGGGACCUGGACAUAAGUGGAAGUGUUGGACUAAAGUUAAUGCAGCCUCUUCCUGCUCCUUAGGAUCCUGGAUGGAGGCCUAGUUGGGUAAUGGUUUGCCUUUGGGUUAGAUAAACUAGACCCCUGAAGGGACAUUGCUCACUAGACAUCUGUCUCUUUAGACUUAUUGAAAGUCCAUUGGGGAAACUGAGGCAGAGAUGUAAUUAUGGUUCUGCACAGGGUGGGGGGGUGUCCAAGUUUGAGGGCCCCCAGUACAUACUUCCAAAUAACUCACUAAACAUGCUUGUAAAUAAAAUGAAAAUCCUGCA